GGCAGUACGUGCUACUAUGAUGGUGGUGCCACUGUUUGGUCUUCAGUACAUCAUUACCAUCUACCGUCACCAAGUGUUGGGAUGCGACUGGCAAGAUCUAUACCAGAUUUUUAACAACAUGAUAGAGGGAACCACUGGAGCAGUUGUUGCCAUCAUCUUUUGUUACACCAACGGCGAGGUGAAGGCUUUACUGAAAAGAACGUGGGAGCGUCUUCAGGAGCGUCGAACCCCGCGGGGGGUGCGGGGACCAAAGGCUCUCCACAGCCGCAGCUUCUCUACCGUGCAGACAACUCUGCUAGACCCCAGUCCUGCCACCCGCCGCAACUCCUCCAUCGUUUCCAUUUGUGUUAGCAACCAGCCUUUUCGUCGCACCAGCAGCGGAGCAAAUGCCAGCCAGUUACUGAGUCUCCAUGGGUCCAGGAGCAGCAUUGCACAUCCGUCUCCCGUAGACAGUGGACGGGCUACAACCUCCCUUAUGUCACCCAGACUAGUGGCAAGUGCAUAUGGACUGGAAAGCUCGGAACGAUUUGGGUCAUCCAAGAGUCCGGUACAUAACUUAGACUCCAGUCCAAUAGCAAGAUCCCUAAGUCUCUUCGAAGAAGUCGAGGACGAGACGAAAAAUGUGGAAAUUAACAAGUUUCCCCAGCUUGAGCUAGCCACAAAAGCUGAAGAGAAAGUGCAUCUGUCCCCUGUUGCAGUAUUUAGAAACGAUAAUGUAAAGCCGUGUGUAAACAUCAUUGUAAACGGUCAGUUACAGGGACACAAGACCAGUGAAGAUCAAGGUUAUGAAUCCUCUCACAAUGUUGGUGCAGUUGACGAGUAAAGGUAUUAAGACUAGUUUCUUCAGUGAAGGAUAUCCAUGAAACUUUUCCGUGUAGGAGACGUCAAAUAUUUUCACAUACAGUAAGUUAUUAUCAAGUCAAAUUAUUACCACGUCAAUAUUAUUAUCAAGUCAAAGUUUAUUAUGUGAACUUUCAUCACGUACCUGUGUUUUGUGUCCACAACUUGAAAUUAAUAUUUGACGUGUAAUAUAGAUGUUCGUCCUUAUCUCCGUCGUAAACAUAUCUACAUUAUCAGUCCUCCAUAAUGAUGUUUAGUGCUCUAGAACGUCUGGGUUCUUCAUCUGAUCACAUUUAAUGGCUUUUAUAGUGAUAUAUAGAACUUGUGGAGCAACUCACCUAGCCAUACUUCCCAGACCUGCAUGAACCUCAUCUCUUACUCCUGAUACUCCUGUGAAAUUAUUCGUAUAAACUUUAACUUAUUUAUCAUGAUUAUUAAUCUUAGUUUUCACUUACUAUCUGGAAGGGUUUUCCUCACAAUACCGUUGUCAUUAUACUGAUAACUUUUAUUACUCUGACAAUUCUCACAUUGUAUUGAUAUUUCUCUAUUACACAAAUAAUUCUUUCGUUAUAUAAGCAGUUUCUUCAUUAUACGAAAGAUUCUCAUAUAAAUGUUCUCAUUAAACGGACAACUUUCAUCAUAUAUGUGAACAUUGACUUCAUUACAUUAUUAUAAUCACUUAACAUCAAUAUAAUGUUUGGCUUAUAUUUAGAUGAUGAUUUUAUAUAAAAGUUGUUUUAGUUUCCAUCAAUAAUCUCUACGAAACAGUUAAUUGUGUUUGACAAUAGCCAGGAUAAAAUUCUUCAAUUACCUUACCAAUACAGUAACUAACAGGUUUUUUUUCCAGCAUUGGAGCUAUUAUGGUUGGAUCAGGUUUUUUUUUCUGCAAUUCUAUGGUUGUCAAAAAUUUUUUACUGCACACGUGUAAUGUAAAAAAGGCGCUGUUGAUAAAUAACUUUUUUAUGGUUUAAAUUCACUUAUUUUUCAAAUCUGACGUUCUAAUUGUGACUUUGGUUCUAAAUUUCAUCUCCUAUUACUCGAAAGUUUCAAUACUAUAUGUAAUAAAACACUAGGAGAGUAAAUAUUUUAUUUCACGUUGUUUAUAGAUUUAUUUCAACCGGUAUUGUCAGAGGAAUUUCCCAGACUUUCCAGCACAUUUCCUGUACAUUUAUGUGUUCCUACUUUUCCUGUUUCCCGUCCGGAGCAUUUCAAGAAAAGAGGCUUCGGGGUGAGGCCUUUUUUCCAGCUAUGCUCAAAUAUGUUGUCAUGUAAAUAGGUAGAAAGUGCUUUAAUACAUUAACAGAUUUGGUAAAAGUUAUUCACAAUAUAAUUAUAUCUUGGAGGUAAUUUUCCCAGUUUAUGUACGCACG